UCACCCAUCAGAUUCGAAACAAGAAAGAGGUGAUUCUAGUCACUUCUUUCAAACUUUGUAUACUGAGCAAUAUACUUUUCAGUAUGGAUCGAUUCAUUGCUCUGGCAAGUAUCGGUUGUCUAGUGAGUGGAGUCCGCGGGGAUGAAUAUGCCCCUGUUUAUCAAACUGGGUCGGAGCCCGUUCUCCAAGAGGCCCAAGAUUACUACCAACCCCCGGCAUCUCCAGUCUAUUACAAUCGACCUCAGCAAGACAACUUUUUGGACGACGGCUUAGGCAUUAUUGGGUUGGCAGGAGCUCUCGGCAUCGGUGGAUUGAUCGGAGGUUUUGCUCUCAUUCAGCAAGCAGCGAUAGCUCGUGAACAAAUCCGAAGUCAAAUAAGUGCGGACACCGCUGUGGCCAAUGCCAUUAAUUCCUUGUUACCCACUCAGACGGCUGCUAUCACAUCUUUAACGACGUCCCAAACAACAAUUACCAAUCAGGCAACACAGCUAUGCGCUACUGCUGCAGCCGUAGUAGCUGCCAUUCCUACAACGAUUGCCGAAGAUGACGGUGACGUAGAAACGGUCAUCAAUGCGGUGAUUACUGCGUUCAUGAGCAAUCCUUGCCCUUGAAAGAUAACAGGGUGAAUAGAUUGUUUAGAAUUAUGCUGGCCAUGCACGACUGAUAGCUCUCCUAAGGAUUGAAAGCAGUUCACUUUAUAAAACUCAGAUCCACAGGCAAAUUAUGAUUCAUUUUGACACUUAAACAUUACAUGCGGGCUUUUCAUAGGUGACCCAACUUGCAGUAUUUGAUCAUUGGCUGUUACCAUAUAUUGUUAUUCAUGUUCCUGUCAUCAGUUGCCUUUUCAUGGUCCAAUCAAUACUUCCUCACUGAACCGAUCCCACUUCUCGGAUAAUAGAGAAAUGGGUCUCGUCUCACAAUUGGAUUGAGAAGAUGCGAUUGAAAUGUUUUACAUGAGUAAAGUCGUUCCCUUGAGAUACAUUCAGAUUCUUGUAAUUGUAAUCAUGUGAUAGA